AAGUCCAGUGGAGCCCUGUAGCUUGUGGGAAUAUAUUAAUUUCCUCCCGGCGAAGGUUUAGCAAGAGGAGUAACCAACAAGUCUUGGAUUUUUUUGGUCAAUUGUUACCAAUGUAGAUGCUCGUGAUGAAAGAAUGUAAUGGAGGUAAACUGAAAAUGCUUUGCUUUCAUUUUGACGGAGACCUGGGUUAAGUCUCUUUGGUUAAAGUGGAAUCAAUUAUUAUGCUGUUCAAGGUCCGUGUGUGAAUGGAGCUGUCGCCAUCAAAAGCAGCCAUAAAUAGAGAGUUAGUUGUUCACGAGCAUCACAAUUGUGAGAGUCCUAUAGAAUUACAAAUGAGAAUGCAAAUGGAGAGGGAUUUAUCGUACAUUAUAGUAAUUGGAACUCUGUGCUUCCAAGUCCUCAUUCCAAAAUCUUCUGCAAUCAGAACCUUUGAAAUUGUUAACAAUUUGGAGCAACACCGCACGGAGCACAAAUCUUCAUCUGUCAAGACCUUUGGAAUUUUUAACGAUUUGGAGCAACACCGCUCGCGGAACAAAUCUUCUUCGGUAGAUGAUCCAGAAUUAGUAGUUGAGAUGGUCCAAAGGAGCAUUACCGAUUCACGGCGACAGCUGAGCUAUGUGAACUGCGGAACCGGAAAUCCAAUCGACGAUUGCUGGAGGUGUGACCCUAACUGGCAAAUGAACCGGCAGACACUGGCAGACUGUGCCAUUGGCUUCGGCCGCGGCGCCCAGGGAGGAAAGAACGGCCAAUACUACCUCAUCACCGAUUCCAGCGACAACGAUCCAGUGAAUCCCACGCCGGGGACCUUGCGCCAUGCCGUCAUUCAAACAGAGCCCCUCUGGAUUAUUUUCCAGAGCGACAUGUUCAUUCAGCUCAAGGAAGAGCUCAUAAUGAACAGCUACAAGACAAUCGAUGGCCGGGGCGCGAAUAUUCACAUAGCUCAUGGCCCCUGCAUCACAAUCCACGAUGUGACGAAUAUCAUCAUCCAUGGCGUUCAUAUUCACGACUGUAUACCGGCAGGAAAUGCCAUGAUUAGGGACACCCCUGUUCAUUACGGUUACCAUGGCGUUUGUGACGGAGACGGCAUUUCCAUUUCCAGCUCGAGUUUCAUCUGGAUCGAUCACUGCGAGCUCUACAACUGCGCCGACGGCCUAAUCGAUGCCACCUUGGGUUCCACUGCUAUUACCAUCUCCAACAACUACUUACAUCAUCACAAUAAGGUGAUGCUGCUUGGUCACAGCGACAGCUAUACUGGUGACGUGAUAAUGCAGGUCACCAUCGCAUUCAACCAUUUCGGCGAAGAUCUUGUUCAAAGGAUGCCUCGAUGUCGCCAUGGGUACUUCCACGUGGUUAACAACGAUUUCACACACUGGGAAAUGUACGCCAUUGGCGGAAGCGCGAAGCCCACUAUAAACAGCCAAGGGAAUCGAUACUCGGCUCCCUCGGAUCCCAAUUCAAAGCAGGUAACCAAGCGGCUUGAUGCAGAGGACAGUGAGUGGAUGAACUGGAACUGGAGAUCGGACGGAGACCUAAUGUUAAACGGGGCAGUUUUUGUUCCGUCAGGCGCAGUGGCAGCUGACAGCUAUAUUUAUGCUUCUAGCCUCGGAGCAAAGCCCUCUUUACUGGUCGGAACCCUAACUGCGGACGCCGGUGUUCUUCAGGACGGGGUUAAAACUGGAAGCGGAAGUACGGGAUUAGCGAGCACUACAGGUGUAGGGGGCCGCAAUACAGUGUCUGGCGCAGAGGCCUUGUCGCCAUUUCACUGUACAAUAUUCUACAUUACGCUCUGCGUCUUCCUCUGCUCUGUAUUAAUACUUGCUGGUGAAGAUACGGCACUCAAAAUGAGUGGAUCUAGAAAAAUUGGAUUCCAUAUUGAAUGUGACAUUGCUUUUAAAAGGACGGAAAGUUGAAGCAAAGAAUAGAUGUGCAGUGCGGGCCAUGAAUUGAAGGAUAUCACCAUUAGGGUAAGAAUAGAAUAAUAUUUUUUUUUGGUCCGUCGGUCAUGAUUGAUGAGGAGGGGACAAAUCCCCGGCCAAUAAUGGCGAAAUCGAUCAUAAUGCCAUUUCACAUGUCGCAGAGAAUCUUUGCAAAGGUCUUUCGAGAUGGAUCACAGAUUGUUUCUUGCGAAGAUCCUUCAAAAUUUCUUGCAAAUUGUAUUGUGCCAAAAGUCCUUGACGAAUGGAUAGAUUACAAAUUGUCCAUUUGUUAAUCAAGCACCUGCCCGUCAUUGCUCCAGGACAAGAUUUUUAAUCGCUUUCGAGCUUCGAAUUCUGUCCACCGCGAACACUGUAAAUAUGGUUAAUAGACUAAUUUUGUGUUGCCGUAAAGUCCUGGUGGUAUAUAUGAAUGAUUUUUUUUUAA